GUGUUCUCAGAAAAGCGAGAUGGAUGCCGCUGGUAAGGAGGGAUGAUGAUGGCACACCCUCCGUGUUUGGAUUUACCUUUUACAAACACCUAUUCUCAGGGAGAGAAAGAGAGAACGAGGAGAAGGAAGAGGUGGAGGAGGGAGAGUUUGCCCCACAUCUUCACAGCUAAAACUGCCUCCGUCGUUGAGACAGUCCGAGAUGGAGCCGUCUGGGGGCAACAGAGCGCAGCGUUUCCACUCAUGGAUCCACGCAGAAAAGGAGGAAUUUGGUGAAAAGCGAAUAUAAACUACAAACGGAGUUCGAAAUCAACCCCGCUUUCAUCCACCAUAUGGAGUCAAACUUCGUAUUAAACUAUUUUAAAGGUUCUUCUGUAGCAACAGCCUGAGUCUGAUUGGGAACUGAUGUGUGUCAUGGGGAUAUGGUGAGGCGAUGUGCACAAGCUUGUGUGAGAAGAGAUGUGGUGCCGUCAGUGGAGGAAGAGGAAGGGGGACAGGUGAAAAGCUGGAUCUCUACUCAUGGCUGUGCAUGUCACUCUUGUUCUCGACCCUGUGGGGUCAAGCAACCCCGCAGUGCCCGGACAGCUGCCACUGUGCCUGGGAAACGGCCACUGUCUUGUGCUCGGACGCAGGGCUGCGGGAAAUCCCAGAGGGGAUCCCACCAGAGACGAUUUCCUUACACCUGGAGCGCAACUACAUCCGGAACAUCCCAGAGAGUACCUUCAGCCACCUGGUCCACUUGCGGGACCUCUAUCUGUCCCACAACCGCAUCGACUCUCUCUCCUCCGGGGCCCUACGGCAUCUGGGACCUGACCUGCGCCUGCUGGACCUCUCACAUAACCAGCUGAGGCAGGCCAGCAGGGAGGAAUUUGGGUCCACUCGCGCCAAGACGCGGCUCUACCACAAUCCCUGGCACUGUGAUUGCACCCUGCAGGAGCUGAUGGAGACUCUGAACCUGGAGCCCGAGACCGUGAAUGGGAUCAUCUGCGAGAGCUCCGUGCGAGGCGUAGGUGAGGGGAGCCGGUGGGAGGACCCGGGAUCACCAGGUGAGCACGCAGGUCAGCCGCUGGUCAAGCUGCUGGACUCUGGGGUGAACUUCUGCAGCCUGCAGAGGAAGACCACGGAUGUAGCCAUGCUAGUGACCAUGUUUGUGUGGUUCUUCAUGGUCAUUGUGUACGUUGUGUACUACGUCCGGCAGAACCAGGCUGAGGCCCGGAGGCAUUUGGAGUACCUGAAGAGUCUACCCAGCCCACGUAAGACCCCUACAGAGACAGACACUCUGAGCACGGGUUUCUGAGCUGAAUGCUGUUGAAACUUAACAUUCAGGUGCCAUAUUUAUGGAACGUGACUCUGAAACGCUGAGAGAAGUUACUGAAGUUACCAACUAUGGAGGAAAUUAACCUUUUUCAGCUGUUUGAUUAUUCCGUUAAAUUCUUAUUCUAUACAUUUAUUUUCUUAUGACGUUUUUGUUUGUCAGUUUUAGUACAAAAUUUUACAUAUUUUUCAACUUGUACUAUCUGCACUGAUAGAGGAAAGGAAAAAUUAUAAAGCGCAGCAGGUAAUGAUAAGACAGGACUACAUAUAGAGAAAGACUUUGAACUUAAUAACAUUCUGUCUCCCUUUGUAGCACCUCUUUUCUUCUCCCUCCAUGCCUCGUACUCUGCUCUUUUAUCUUUCAUUAGGUUCUAAUUAGGAGACGUUGACCAGCUGACCCCUAAUGAACACUUGAAAGGCACUAAUCAGUUGGAGUGUGUUUGUCAGGUGUGCAAAUUCAGAUGUGUGUCCUUUACAUGCUGUUUGAGUCAUCUGUAUGUGUGUGUGCAUGUAUACACGUGUGUGUAUAUGUGGUGUUUCUAGGCACUGUCACGGCCAUUCUUACUUUGAAAACCCUGAUUUUGCACAAAUCCUUACCAGGACUUCAGUUUUAGACAAACACCACACUGCUCAUCUAAAUUUACUCUGGACAAGCUGGAUGGGAUGUGCUUUGUCCUUAUGCUGGAGCAAACAGUUUUUGAAAAAUCUCAACAGACGUAAUAAUUGGUACAAAGAAAUUUGGAACUGAGUUAGUGAAAUGAGUUGCUAUCUAGAGGUUUUGCUUUAGUUCCGAUUUGUCUUUGGGCUACGGGAGUCUAAUUGUGCCACAAUUCAACAAAGAUCUCAAACAUGAAAUGAACACUUAAAGUCAAAACAAAUACAUAAAUGAUUUAAGUAAAUACAACUGUCUUGAUGAACGUGACUAGAUGGAUUUUAGGUAUGACAUGGACAUUUCUGAGUUUUUAAAAUUAUCUUAAGGCUGUGGACUGUAGAACAUCAGCUCUACCAGCCAAAGCCAGCGGUCCCAGAGUUUACAUGCUACUUAAGAAGCCACAGUGACAGUAUAAAGUAUUUUAUGGUGUACUAAAGUGAAAAAAGCUUAAAUUGAUUUAAUAAUUGCUGAAACAGUCAGAUCACAUUUCAACAUGUGACUUCACAUUCAAAUUAUGUUUUUCAUUUACUUACAUAAUUUUGCAUUUAAUAAAUUAUUGAAAUAUUUGAGUAAAUAUUGGUAAAUUGGAUUUAUUCGUUUCCAGGUUUGUUCUAAUAUGAAUAUGUAUAAAUAUAAUUUCAUGCUUUAUUCUCUUUCUUCAUUUUGGACCUUUUUCUUCUCCAUGGUUUACCACAUGGACUCUAUCAGAACUGACUCCAUUUUUACUGACACUGAGAAAACAAUCACCUCAUUUAUUAUUAAAAGAGUCAUUCAUUUUAUUGUAACAUAUUAGGUGACCCGUGUAAAUUAAUGCAUUUCUUCUCCUGCUUCCUCCACAUAUUGAGCUAAACCACACUGGAUUAACAGCCACAUUUGAUUGAUUUUUGUGAGGGUGUUGCAACCAUGCUUAUUGUACAAAUAACUCCAGUGUCCUCAACGGGAUAUGUUAGUGUUGUAUUAAAAUAUUAAUGCAAUUCUUCUCUGCUACAAUAAGAGAUCUAAAAUAAAACUCCUUUCAAUUGGCAAUCAUAAAUGCCGAGAAAUGGUUCAAAAUAUGGUUUGACAUAAUGAAUAAAAUAAUCAAAAUUAUGUUCAUUUUAUGUUAAUUUACCCUUAAUUUAUACUUCUGCAUUAAUGUCACAACAUCAGACGUUCUUUGCACACUUAUUUUGACCAAAUAUUUAUGAAUUGAAGAAAAGAAUGAUCCAAACAAGUGUCUUGACAUUCAAAUUCCACCUGAGUAAAUGUGUUGAAUGAAAAUAGAGUUCAUGUAAGAGUAUUGUAGGUUUUGGGUGGUUUGAAAAAUAGCAAAAAAUUUUGAAUGAGAUGUCAGAAAUUGUGCUUGACUCAAAAGAGUUUUCUUCAGCGUGAAGAAACAGUUCUCCCCCCAACCCCACCUGUUGCUGCCAGAUGCCACAAAGCUGGCUGAAAGAAACCCAGUACAUUUUUUACUUGUUCCCAAAAUUGGAAAAAUAAAUUGGGAUGAUGGACAAACAGAAGGAACCUUACCCACAACUUUUGGUAACAAUAUGUCGGUCAAACAGCUGGCUGCAGCCUGUGAUACCAUACUGUGAAACCAUGGGAUGGGACAACAUGGUUUCACUGUAUGCUACUUGCAUAAAAAAUCUAAACAAAAAAAAUAUAUAAUGGUCCAGUUACCUCCUCAAACACUCAGGUGUGUCGACAAGAGACACAUCAAACAGUUGCAGGAAACCGGCCCUCUGAAUUUGACAUCUGAGAAUCUCAUUCCAACUCAUGUCUUAUGUAUAAUGUCAUAACUAGAUGUAGCUUACAUAAUAAUAAAAAUUCUUUGUGUUGCAGAGAUAAUAGGAUGCAACUGAAGCCAUACAUUUGUUUUAUUAAAUUCGUGUCAAACAAAAUAAAUCACUUGUUCAUCUUGAAAAUUAUGUCUGCUUUACUUUGGUCAAUGUUUCCAUAAAUUUUUAAAAAUCUCUUCUUACUUUGUGAAAAUAAAGAAUUAAUAGGGAAUUGAAUGGACUGAUUUAUGCUUGAUAUGUAAACAAUUGUGUAUAAAUUCAUUAUCAGACUGUUAAAACUGUACCUGGAUUUUAUCAGACAAAUGGUACUUUUUAGAUGCAGAAGCAGAACUUAGAAUAGGUAACCUAUCUGUGAACUGUGAUGUGCUAAUUGUGGUGUGCAUGUGUUGUAACCCACAGAGAAAGGCUGGCUGCAUUGUGUCUACACUUUAAAUUAGAGUCAGUCGUUAUCAUGUUGGUAAACCAAAGGCUAACAGGGAGAUGAGGUUGGACAACUCUCUGACCUUUAAAUAACAAGAGAGCAAAGGGUGAGUAGCAAUGUGGGUGUUUACUGUUAGUCACAAAUCAUUCAUCUAAAUUUCAUGCAACAUAUUUCUGUAUCCUUCAAUGCACAUUUUGUAUUGAGUAAACCUUGGACCAAUUUUUGCUUGCUGUUAAUUCUGACAAGCCAAAUCUCAAAAUCUAAAUAUGUCUACUUGUUAUAGUCUUUAGCUGUGGGAUUUCAUUUAUUGAUGUUGAUGUUUUGUUUUAAUCAUUGCUCUAUUUUAUUGUUUCCUGACAACAACUGAUUCAAAUCUAAAUAAACUUUUGCAGUGUCUUGCAAUAGACGUCA